AUGCUCAGUGGAGGGUCCGGCCGCAGGCGCAGGCUGGGGCCCACCUCCAGCGCCCAACGGGGGAGAGGGAGGCCGGGAGUCAUUAUGGAAAAAUACCAGAUUUUGGAACAGCUGAAUCCUGGGGCCUUGGGGGUGAACCUGGUAGUGGAGGAGAUAAAAACCCAAGUAAAGCUUGUGAUAAAGCAGGUGGAAUGCAUCGAUGAUCAUAAUGCCAACGAGGCCCUGGAGGAGCUGAUGCCGCUGCUGAAGCUCCGGCACGACCACAUCGCCUUCUACCGGGAGCUGUUCAUCACCUGGAAUGGCAAGAUCUCCUCUCUGUUCCUCUGCCUGGUGAUGGACUACAGCGCAGGAAGCUUCCAGAAGGUCAUUGAGAAGAAGAGAGAGAAAAAGACCAUCAUCGACUCUGAGUGGCUGCAGAACAUGCUGGGCCAGGUGUUGGACGCUCUGGAAUACCUGCACCAGCUGGACAUCAUCCACAGGAACCUCAAGCCCUCCAACAUCGCCCUGGUCAGCAGCAACCACUGCAAGCUGCAAGACCUGAGCUCAGAAGUGCUGAUGACCCACAAAGCCAAGUGGAACAUCCGUGCGGAAGAAGACCCCGUUCAGAAGUCCUGGAUGGCCCCCGAGGCCCUCAACUUCUCCUUCAGCAAGAAAGCUGACAUCUGGUCCCUGGGCUGCAUCAUUCUCGACAUGGUCAGCUGCUCCUUCCUGGAUGCCUCGGAGGCCAUGCUGCUGCGCAAGUCCAUCCGGAGUCUCCCGGGCGGCCUGAGGAGUGUCCUGAGCACCAUGGAGGGGCGGCAGAUCCCACAGGCGAAGAUGUUCAGUGCCCUUCUGCCCCAGAUGCUCCAGCCUGAGCCCUCGGAGCGCAUAGCAGUCGGGGACGUGAUCCGCAUCGUCUUCUCGAGCGGCAGCCUCAGGUCCUUGAGCUCCACCCUGACGCUGCACCGCCAGGAGGUGCCCGCCUUCGUCUCCGACGUGCUGCUGGCGGGCAGCUUGCCCACCGUUCUAGAGGUCAUGCAGAGCUCCAGCCGGCCCGAAGUCCAGCUCAAGGCCAUGAACAGGCUCCUGGCGAUGCCCGAUGACGAGCUAGGUAUCCCGUGGCCGAUGGAGCUGGUGGACCAGUUGAUCGGCAUCAUGAAGCAGCACGAGAGGAACCUGGACGUCCAGCUGCGCGCCUGCUCCCUGCUGCUACGCGUCCUUGGCCAAGCACUGGCAAAAGACCCGGCCGCUGAGUUACCCAGCGACAGCUCCGUCACCCUGGCCCUGCUGAGCAUCAUGCGGAGCCACCCCAAGUCCCAGCAGCUCCUGGGCAUGGGCUACACUCUGCUGGCCCGCCCGGCAGGACCCACUGCAGAGGAGCUGCAGAAGGCUGGGCUGUUCGAGCACAUCCUGGCACAUCUGGACACCUUCUCCGAGAACAGGGACGUCUGCAUCAGCGGCCUGAGCCUGCUCUGGGUCUUGCUGGUGGACGUCUCGGCUAUCAUCGUGAGUGCCCCCUUGGAGAAGGCCCCCGUCCUCGUUGCCAAGCUGCUGGCCACCUACCCCACAGAUGUGGAGAUGGCCGAAGUGGGCUGUGCGGUCCUCUGGCUGCUGUCAUUGCUCGGCUGCAUAAAGGAGCACCAGUUUGAAGAGGUGGUGGUGCUGUUUCUGCGAAGCAUGCGGCUGGGCCAAGACCGCGUCCUGCUGGUGAACAACGCCUACCGGGGGCUGGCCAGCCUCGUGAAGGUGUCCGAGCUGGCCGCGCUGCAGGUGGUGGUACCGCAGAAGGACAGCAGCGGCCUCACCCUUGUCAAGGAGACGUACCAGCUACACCGGGACAACCCGGGCGUGGUGGAGAACCUGUGCCUGCUGCUGGCCCACCUGGCCUCCUACCAGGACAUCCUGUCCGAGCUGCUGUCCAACAACAUCCAGCCCCUGGUCCAGGAGAUCAGGGAGCGCUUCACCUCCAGCCUGGUGAGUGCUGGCCAGGGCCCCGCACCCCAGAUCUCACAGACACCUGUGGCCAGACCCAGGUGGCAGUGA